CUCAUCUUUAUUGACGCCACAGACUCGAGAGUCAAUCUUAUCACCCUGGCACGAAAAGUCUCGAAGUACACGAAACUCUGUACGACCGUGGCCGAGGUGUCACAAGUGCACACCAUACAGCCAACAAGAUGUUUUCAGCGCAGCACACCUCGAUAGCAAUGGCGGCAACACAGGGCGGACUACUCCUGCUCGCAAUGCUUCUCGUCCUGGUACCCUCAACGGCUUUCGCCUAUCCAACAACCACAUCUUACAUGUGGCCACACGUCUGCCAACCAACGCGGUUCGAUGAGUUCUUGGCCGUCAGCAGGUCCACCGGCAAGCCAGUCUCGCUGGGCCCCAAAGGAUUCUAUAUCCACUUUGGCAACUCGCAUUGCCUGUUUCUAAGGGCUGAGACGCCGGGACAGGAGGACAAGUAUACGUACUACCAGCAGGCACUUGUGGCUGGAUCACGUUGAGCUUUGGAGACGGUGUUUUGGGUCGAAAGCAAGAGCUGCAUUCUUUGUUCUUUUACUUUGGGCGUUGGAAACCGGGGAUCAUCAGUUGAGCACGAUUUGGAGUUUGAUAUUAGCAUCGCAUCAUCGCAUCAUCGCCUUAGAGAGAGUUGGACACAUUAUACCCGACCUGGGUGGGAUAGGACUUUGGAUUCGCGGUGUGGUUGGAAUAGUGGGGAUGACGCUGGGGUUGAAUUUGAUGAACAGGCGGGCGGAGUAAAUUGGGUCAAUUGCAACUCACAGUAUGUGGCUCUUUAAGCAGUGAUAGAAGCCUUUCUGUGAUGAAUUUCAAACAACCGCCUAGUUACCUAGGUCAUCAAUGGUUUCCUCUUCUUAAAUCAACAAAUUCCGACGGUAAUCAACCAAAUAUUGCCUACGUGUGCAAAUGUUUCUUU